AUGGACACUAUUCUCUUGAAGCUAGCUUUCCAGACAUCUAUUUACAUUCUUUGGAAGAAGAGGAAUUCAAGGAGGCAUGGAGGAUUGUGUGCAUUAGUGGAAGCGACGAGUAAGGCUAUUGGGAAGGUAAUCAAAAACCGCAUCUCUUCUCUCAAGUAUAGGGGCAAACAAGCUUGA